AUGUCCCCUCAGGUAGUUGCGUCUGCGUCUGCGUCUGCAUCAGCUCAGCUAGCGGCCCCCUGCUCGUGCCGUGCUUUGUCGCACCAGACCGUCCUUUGGCACCACCGUCUUGGUCACCCCUCUGUGCAACGCCUACGUGGCAUGCACCGACGUGUCCUUGUCUCUGGUCUUCCCAAGGUUCUCCCUCCCCUCCCACCCUCGCCUGCUCCUCCCUGUCUUCCCUGUGUCGAGGGGCGGCAACGCGCCACUCCUCACUCCUCCUCGUUUCCCCCGACGACAGCUCCCCUGCAGACUCUCCACAUGGACGUGUGGGGCCCAGCCCGCGUCCGUGGACAGGACCGCGAGCGGUACUUUUUGCUGGUCGUGAAAGACUACACGCGUUACACCACGGUCUUGCCCUUGCGCACCAGGGGUGAGGUCCCUGAUGUUUUGAUCCCUUGGAUCCGCGCUGUCCGUCACCAGCUCCGUGAGCGAUGUGGGACGGACUUUCCCGUCCUGCGUCUGCACUCUGACGGAGGUGGUGAGUUUGCCUCUGACUUUCUACGGGACUUUUGUCGUGGGGAGGGCAUUUGCCAGACGUUCACGCUCCCGGCCUCACCGCAGCAGAAUGGGGUUGCUGAGUGCCGCAUUGGCUUGAUCAUGGAGUGGACGGGGAAGGUUGGUGAUGCAUCAGUGUUCCGGGUCUGGGGUUCUCGUGCCUUUGUGCGCUAUACGUCCGCGGACAAGCUCUCCGCCCGCGCUAUUCCCUGCGUCUUCCUUGGCUUGGUCCCUGAUGCGCCUGGCUGGCAGUUUUACCACCCCACCUCGCGCCGAGUCCUGCCCUCUCAGGACGUCACGUUCGACGAGUCGGUUCCCUUUUACCGUCUCUUCCCCCCACGCACUGCACCGCUUCCCCCCCCCCCACCACUCUUCCUUGCACCAGGUCCUCCUCCGGUAGACCCCCUUCCCCCUCAGGGUCCUGCUCCCUCAGGUGUGUCUCAGGUAGACGCUGUCGAGCCUGUCGAGGUAGCGGUUGACUCUGGUGCUGCUACUGGAGGUGGUGCUGCUGGGGAUGCUGAGCCGGAGCGUGCGGAGCCUGGGGGUGCUGAGCCUGAGCGAGGUGCGGAGCCUGGAGGUGCUGAGCCUGGGUGUGCUGAGUCUGAGGGUGCAGAGCUUGUGGGUGCUGAGCCUGGGGGUGCUGAGCCUGGAGGUGCUGAGCCUGAGGGUGCUGAGCCUGCGGUUGCUAAGACUGGGGGUGCUGAGUCUACUGGACUACUGGAGGAGCUGGAGCUCCUGGAGCUGGAGGUGCUGCUGGAGCUGGAUCUGCUAGAGGUACUGCUGGUGCUGGAGCUGCUAGAGGUGCUGGACCCGCUGGUCCCGGAGGUGCUUGUACUGGAGGUACUUGAGCUACUGGGGCUGGUGGUGUUGCCGGAGUUGGAGCGGGAGGCGCUAGUGCUGUUUCUGCUGGAGGUGCUCUUGGAGCUGGAGCUGGUGAUGUUGCAGGAGUUGGAGCUGGAGACCCUGGAGCUGGGGGUCCUGGUGCUGUCUCUGCUGUCGCAACUACAGCCAGCCUCUCCACUGCCUGGUCCUUCUCCUUACUCUAGGCUGACUAGAGGUCUUACGGCGCGUCGUGAGCCUGAGUCUCGUCCUGCGUCGCCUGAGUCUCGUCCUUCGUCGCCUGGUCGUUGUGUUCCGCGUCAGUAUCCUCCUGCUGUCCACGGCACACACCAGAUGGCACUUCGACCUUCAACUGCUCCAAAUCGUGUCCCUCUGCCGUCCCCUCCUGCGUCCUCCCUUGCUGACGGUCCGGACCCGGAGUCUGACUCCCUUCGUGCUACUAGACCUACUGUCACGCGUCUCCUGGCCACUGUUGUCACUGACCCUUCGUUUAAGUCCACUGCUGCGUCUGCCCUAGUUGGAGACCCGGAUGCACCAGACAUCCCGACCCCGCGCUCUUAUGCAGAGGCGAUAGAGGGUCCCUACUCCUCUCAGUGGCAGACAGCCAUGGACGCAGAGAUGGCUUCCUGGAAGUCCACAGGCACCUACGUCGACGAGGCUCCCCCGCCUGGGGCAUUGUCAGUGGCAUAUGACCAGCUGCACGUUGCCGCUCAGCGUGACUACGAGCUUCACUCUCUUGACUUCAUCACUGCUUUCCUACAGGGCAGCCUGCACGAGGAGAUCUGGCUACGCCGCCCACCUGGCUUCACUGGGUCGUUUCCUGCUGGUACCCAGUAG